UGGUUCCGUUGAUGCAAUUCGCCGAAUGGUGUACCGAGUCAAGUAACUCGAAAUAUAAAUCCAUUCAUUCUUUCUUUUCUAUACAGUGGAGUCCAGCUGCGCAGAUUCUUAAAAGAAAGGAAGAAGACCGAGGAAAAAGUUCGAAAUAGCAAGAGUUCGAUAUACUGAACUGAGAAGGAAGUUCAAUCAACCUUUGGUUCAACGAAGAUGAGUCAAAUACCUUACAGAUCAGCAAACGACCUGUUUGCCAAAGUUGUGGAAAGAAACCCGGGUCAGCCAGAAUUUCAUCAAGCAGUCAAAGAAGUACUCGACUCAAUAUGGGAUUUUUUGGUGGAAAAUCCGAAGUAUUUUGCGUAUGGUCUCAUAGAAAGAUUUCUGGAGCCAGAACGAAUAAUUAUCUUCCGUGUUCCGUGGGUAGAUGACCAAGGAACUGUGCAUUUGAAUCGAGGAUAUCGGGUCCAGUUCAACUCCUCAAUUGGACCAUACAAGGGUGGUUUGAGAUUUCACCCUACUGUCAACCUUAGCAUCUUGAAGUUCCUUGGCUUCGAGCAGGUCCUGAAAAACAGUCUGACUCAAUUACCAUUGGGUGGAGGGAAAGGAGGUUCGGAUUUUGAUCCAAGGGGAAAGUCCGAUGCAGAGGUGAUGCGGUUUUGUCAGUCGUUCAUGACAGAGCUAGUCAAGUACAUCGGACCCGACACUGAUGUCCCUGCUGGAGAUAUCAACGUCGGAGGGCGAGAAAUAGGCUAUUUGUUUGGACAGUACAAACGAAUGAAAAAUGAGUUUACUGGUGUGUUAACUGGCAAAGGUUUAGAGUGGGGAGGCAGUCUGUUGCGACCAGAGGCAACAGGAUAUGGGUGUGUUUACAUGUUAGCAGAAAUGCUGAAAUACAGCGGCAAAAGCAUCAGUGAGAAGUCUGUCGCCAUUUCAGGGUCAGGCAAUGUGGCCGUUUUUGCAGCUGAAAAGGUUAUCCAGUUGGGUGGAAAAGUCCUUACCCUUUCAGAUUCUGGCGGCUCUGUUCAUGCUGCUGAAGGAAUAAGUGCAGAAUGCCUUGAAGAAAUCAAAGACUUGAAGUUUACAAGGCGCGGGAGAAUCGAGGAAAUAGCGCGGCAGAAAGGCUGGGAAUUCUACAAAGGCGAAAGACCGUGGAAGGUCAAGUGCGACAUUGCGAUGCCCUGUGCUACACAGAACGAAUUGAGUAAACAGGAUGCAGAGCAGUUGGUUAAGAACGGGUGCAUUGCGGUUGUAGAAGGAGCCAAUAUGCCAACUGAAGCUGAUGCUGUGCAUCACCUUCAACAAAACAACGUGCUGUUUUCACCCGGCAAAGCGUCUAAUGCCGGCGGAGUAGCGGUCAGCGGUCUCGAAAUGAGUCAGAAUAGCAUGCGCCAAUCCUGGUCAAAGGAAGAGGUUGAUGAAAAGUUACAUCGCAUUAUGGAAAAAAUUCAUGCCACUUGCAUGGAAUACGGCAAAAUUGGGGACCGGGUUGAUUAUGUUAGGGGUGCCAAUAUUGGGGGAUUUAUCAAGGUUGCCAAUGCAAUGCUGAGUGAAGGGGUUGUGUAAGCUUAAGGUUCGACAAAGGGGGCUUGCUAAUAAUACCAAAUAAUAAUGCCAAAGAAUCAAUCAUCAAUUUGUUAGUUCUAUACUCUAGUUUAAUGUUUGAAAUUUUAGCCAAUUGUAUAAAGAAAUUGAGUAUUACAUUACUUCUUCUGGCUGGUUACAGAAGUAAAUUCAUACAAGUAAUUUCAUUAAUCGUAUCCUGUAUUUUUUCAUUUAUGAGAUAAGAACUUGAAAUUAUAUCAUGUUAUCCGAAAUAUCGACUCUUUUGUUUGCAGAAUCUUUGUCGAGCAAGGGAUACUAUGAAGAAACAAUUUGGACGCA